UCAUGCUAACCAUGCUCAUUCCUAUACCCUUGACUAAAAAGGUUUAAUGAAUAUGUUAUGUAUGUUUUAAAGAACAGACAUGCUUGCAUUUGUCUGAAUAGUAUCUCUCUCUCCCACUACUUCACUCUCACGGAUAGACACCAGUGUCAAUAUGUAGUGAAAGCUGUCUGCCAGGUUUUAGGAAAGCGAUCAGGAAAGGCCAGCCCAUUUGCUGUUUCGACUGCAUCCCCUGUGCUGAAGGGGAGAUUAGCAAUGAAACAGGUAUGUUUCCAUACAGCACACAAUUUCUGUUUUAUUAGCUGUUUCUUGAUCUUCAACCAAAACAAUAUGUUUUACAUACAUUCAUAUUUAAAAAAAAAAAAAAGUAACUUCUCUCUAAAUAUUUCACUUCUUCCCUUUACCCUUUCCUUCAGAUUCAGUGGAUUGUUUGAGAUGUUCGGAGGACACAUGGCCAAACCGAGCUCAGAAUCACUGUAUUCCAAAAACAAUAGAAUUUUUAUCUUAUCAUGAAACCAUGGGCAUAGUUCUUUGGGUAGUCUCUGCAUUUGGAGCCUUUGCUACGGUAGCUGUUUUGGGAGUGUUUGUUAUUUACAGAAAAACACCCAUGGUUCGAGCAAACAACAUGGAACUCAGCUUCUUACUGCUUCUCUUUCUCUGUGCUUGCUUCCUGAUUGGUCUGUCCUUUAUUGGGGAGCCCACUGAUUGGUUCUGCCAGAUCCGAUACACCGCAUUUGGCAUCAGCUUCGCUCUCUGUAUCUCCUGCAUUCUUGCUAAAACAGUCGUCGUAAUGAUGGCAUUCAGGGGCAACCAUCCUGGAAGUAAUGUCAUGAAGUGGUUUGGUCCAACCAAACAGAGAGCUAGUGUUAUAGUAUGCACUUCCAUACAGGUACUCAUAUGCAUUGUUUGGCUUACCACUCGGCCUCCUUAUGCAGCACAAAACACCAGGUUCCUGAGUGCCAAGAUUAUCCUGGAGUGUGUUGUGGGGUCAGAAGUGGGCUUCUGGUGUGUGCUGGGCUACAUUGGGCUUCUGGCCUGCAUGUGCUUUUUAAUGGCUUUUUUAGCUAGGAAACUCCCUGACAAUUUCAAUGAGGCCAAGUUCAUCACAUUUAGUAUGCUUAUUUUUUUUGCUGUUUGGAUUACUUUUAUUCCUGUAUAUGUUAGCACAUCAGGAAAGUACACAGUAGCUGUUCAUGUAUUUGCCAUUUUAGCCUCUGCUUUUGGCCUCCUAUUUUGUAUUUUUAUCCCAAAAUGCUACAUCAUCUUGUUUAAGCCUGAGAAAAACAGCAGACAGCACAUGAUGCGAAAAUAAAGGAA